AGCAAUAUCCUCAACAUGGCGCAACCCAACCCUUCGGCGCCAAACGAAACCUCGGCGCCCUACGUUGACCCCACGUUCUCGCUAGUCAACACAUCAUGUCUCGACCUCCUACUCAUAGAACUCGUGCCUAUGGCCUACCGCAUAACCGCUGACCUUGCUGCGCGGGAGGAAGAAUGGAUACACGGGUCUUCUGGUGCAAAGCCAAAGCGAUUGUCAGGCGCGAGCAACGACGCGUCGAGCACAGCAGCUGGUACAGUGCGGGGCACAGACGGCGGGCCGGUGGGCGCAGGAGGCACAGCAACCGUCGACGAAGAAGAGUCAAGAGAAGCGGUCUUCCACCGGCUCGAGGCCCUGGGCUACAGAGUCGGGCUGGGCGUUGUAGAACGCUUCUCGCGCGAUGCGCCGCGUCCCACAACCCCGCUCGACUGCAUCAAGUUUCUCUGCAAAGACCUCUGGAUGCUGCUCUUCCGCAAGCAAAUCGACAACCUCAAAACCAACCAUCGCGGCAUCUACGUCCUCACCGACAACACGUUCAAGCCCCUCGGCCGCAUGUCGUUUGACACGAAGAAAUACGACGCCGCAAUGCAAGCUGCGCUCGUCGCGCAAACAGGCGACCCUGCGCUGGGAAGAGACGCCAAUAGCCAGGCGAGGGUACAGCCGUUUUUGUAUUUCCCUGCUGGCCUCAUACGCGGGUGUCUGGCUAGUCUGGGCAUCCAGGCGACGGUGACGGCGGAGAGUGCUGCGUUGCCUGGUGCGACUUUUCAAAUACGGACUGCGGGGGCCAAGAAUUGAGGGCAUGGCAGAAAUGGGAAUGGGAAAUGAAUAUCAUGGUUCCUUUCAGCGGCAUUGCGUGGCGUUUUGGGUAUGUGGUGUGUCUGUGUUCUAGAAAGACAUAAUCGAUGAGUUAGGUCUAGACCAUAUUCCAGACAUGCCUUUUUGUUGCAGAGACACGGGGA